AGCACCUCUCCACCAUCACCCCACCCUGGGUACACAGAGCAGAAGUAGGAGCCUGAGCUGAUCUUUGAGACAGAGAUAGAUUAGAAGCCUCUCUGAAGAUACUCCUGAGCCACAGUGCAGCCCUUGCUACUUUAGAUAAGGCAGAAUAACUGUCUCUUUGAAGAUAAAAUGUCUUUUGAUCAUUUUGACUACAAAGGAGUCAGAUUUGCUGUUGGGGUACAAUCAGAAGAGACUCUCAACCAUGCUGAAAAUGAAUUUGAAGUACUUGAUGAUGACAUUUAUAAUGUAACCUAUCCUAAAUCAGGUAGUAAUUGGAUGAUUCAAAUCUUGAAUUUAAUUAAACACAAAGGGGAUCUUGAAAAAAGUAACAGCAUACCUAUCUUUAUGAGAUCACCAUGGUUUGAAUCAAUUGGCAAUCGAGAACCAAUCGAAAAGAUGGAAUCUCCAAGAAUAUUAUCUUCCCAUCUACAACACCACAUUUUUGCAAAGUCUUUUUUCAAAUCUAAGGCAAAAAUUAUUUACACAAUGCGAAAUCCAAAAGACAUCAUUGUAUCAUUCUUUCAUUUUACCAAGAUUCUCAAAAUCUUUCAACCAGCUGAAGAUUUCCAGAACUUCAUUGAAGACUUUAUACAGGGGAAAGUUCUGUUUGGAUCUUAUUUUGACCACGUAAAAGGCUGGAUGCAAAUGAAAGAUGACAGCAGAUUCUUCAUAAUCACAUAUGAAGAGCUUAUGCAGGAUCUCCGUGGCAGUGUUGUGAGAAUCUGUAAAUUUUGGGGACAGGAGUUAGAUGAUGCCCAGAUUGACUUAGUUGUUAAACAUUCAUCCUUCAAAUCUAUGAAGGAAAACAAAAUGUCAAAUUGGAGUGAAAUUUCCCCGGAUAUAAUGGACCUUACAAAAGGACAAUUCAUGCGUAAAGGAAUAUCUGGUGAUUGGAAGAACCAUUUUACAGUAGCUCAAAGUGAGUACUUCGAUAAAGUCUACCAAGAGAAGAUGAAAGAUGUCAAUAUAAAAUUUUUCUGGGAGCAAUCAUAAAGUUAUGACAUUUCUAUUUAGCAGAAGUGCCUGCAUGAUUAAAUAUGUUUUACCAAAGGUUGUCAACUGUCCAUGAAUUCAGACAAUGUCAUAAAAAAAAAAAAAAAAAAAAAAAAAAACUAUGGCGAUUGAAACAAAAAAAAGUUAGAUGCAUCUGUGAUUUUGGGGCAAACUGUUCACAAAAAAAGGGAAGUUGGCCAAGUGUAACAAAUGUUUUAAUGUUGCAGUUUUAUUAAAUGCUUAAACAGACUUAGAU